CACUGGAAAUAAAGGGGGGAGAAGUUUCAAAAAUAUUUAAGUUAAGUCUAAGAUCUGUUUCUAAACCAUAUAUAUGUAUAUUAGUAAACUAAUAUUAAACUAAAUAUUUUUUUAAAUUGUUUUUUCGGAGGAAGGGGAGAACUUCUUCCAAGAGGCCCCUGGCUCUUAUCGCCCACAUUCUUUAUUAUCACUUAUCUUUAUGGAACUCCGGCAUUGUUCUUUAUAUCUGCAGCAGGUUUAUGGCCUGACUAUUCUUAGCCCAGUCGAGAGACAUAAAAUCUAUAAUAUAAUCAAGUUAAAAUAGUCAUAAUACUGAAAUAACAUAUUAUUUUUAAAUUUAAAAUGAAAUUAAAUUUAAAAUUUGGGACUACUAAUUUGGUUUGAAACUUGGCUAGACAGACUGUGGACUCAAUGUGGAUGUUAACUGUUAGCUUGUGCUAUAAAGAAACUGCAGCAUACUUUUGGGCCCACAUUAUAAAAGAAAUAAGAUACUAUCCACUUUGAAGUGUUAUACUAUCUUUUAGAAUCUAGAUAUCCCUUUCUGAGCCUUCACUUUCAAGUUAAUCCCAAAAUUUCCAAGUCAAAGUUAUAAAAGUCCAAGGCAAUGAUCACAAUGAUGCUAAUGGAGAAGGCGGUCAUUAAAAUCGAGGAGUUUGUCGAAUGGGACAUUAGUUACUUCCUCCUGGCCUACGCCUGCAUAGUCCUGAUGAUCCUGGGCGUCCCAUUGGCCAUUUUCCUGCAGAACAAGGACUCUCCAGCCGACAGGCAGCUCUUCCACCUGGAGGCCAACCGACCAGUGCCGACCAGUGGCCAGCAGGGAGACGUGUGGCACGUCCGGCAGGAUGCCCCAAUCGAUUCGAUUGCCUAAAAAUGGUCUUUCUGUUUUUGAGAUUUGAUAUUCAGGGAAAUAGAUGGCGGUCUGUUUGUA